UUUCAUUGAAAUGCUUUUUGGAUUGGUGACAAGUAAGUAGAUCAAUUUUUUUGAUCCCAAAACCAAUGAUCAUUAUAAUGACUACACAUUUGAUUAAACCAAAUUCAAUAAAGCUAAAAUAAGUGAAAUUCAAUAAUAAUUAUGUAGUUGUUGCUUAUCCCUUCCAAUAAAAUUCAAUUAAAUAGAAAAUAGAUUAGAACCUUUAGAUUGAAUUUUUCAACUUAAGUGAUGCACUUUAGGCUAGAAAUCAAAAGCUUUUUAAUUUGAAUGAUAAACAAUAGCCAAAAGUUUAGUUAGAAAUAGAUUUAGAUAAUCAAAUUGUAAAAAGCUACUUUAAAACAAAUGAAGGAGUAGAAAUUAUAUCAAACAAGGAAUUUGAAAGAACUUUUACUCCAACAUAAGAAAUUGAAGAUCAAUUUUAUCAUUUUCUCAAGAAGUAUGUAUUAUAGAAUAAUUAUAGAAACGUGAAUCAAUUACCAUAAUUUAAGGACGCUCUAAAUUUAACCAAUAUCUAAGCAUUUUUAAAGGAUAAUUAAUAAAUCUUAUACUCAAAUAUUAGCAAUAAUUUAAUUUGUGAUCUUGUUAUAUCUAAUUUGGCAACUAGUGUUAUCAUUAUUAGUAAAAAUGUUCAAAACUUUUCAUCUUAAAAUUUUGUUAAGGAUAGACAAUAUUUUAAAUAACUUUUCUGUGACAUUUAAAUUAAAAUAGUUAGCGAAUCAAGUUCUUUAUUUGAUUACAUUUGA